AGCUGAAUAUUUUGUGCAUUAAAAGUGUGUUGUGCUAAACGAAUUCAAGUUUUCUUAAUCACAGCGUGCUCGAGACGUACCAGUCGAUUGCUUUGAACAUGGAUUCCGAUUGUGAAUUACAAGCCUCGGACACACUUCGCUUUGAGUCGGAAUCAGACCCAGAAGAAAACCAUUCUGAUGCAAUGAUUGUUAGGAGUCCAAGUGCAAAUCCAAACGACCCUAUAGACAACGUAAAUGAAAAUUCGAGAAAUCCUGGAGAAUACAAAGGAGAAGAAGAGAAUAUACAACCUUUGUCAAAGUGGAAAAACAAAGAGUCUGGAGCUCAGAUUGAAAAAGAUGAUGCACAAUGUGAGGGUAAACCAGACAGCGCAGUUCAUCUGCGCUGGAAAACAAACAUAUCUAAUAUUAUCGAUAGUGACUCAGACGACGAUCCCAUUAUAUCUAAAACUACAGAAGAUCAUUAUAGUUUAUCCGAUCCCACUAAAACAAAGAUGCAUCAUCUCAAAUCAAUAUAUGAUACGGAAUCAGAUUCUGAAAUAAAGGUUAAUAGUAAGAAAAAAGAUAAAUCUAGAAAAAAAGCAAGUAAAAAAAGGAGUAACGAAAGGAAAGGACGAAAUGUCGACUUCGAUUCUGGUACGGAUGAAGCCAUGUCAAACAGCGCAUCAUCCGGCCCGGUAGUCCAUAAGGCCAGAACCAACAAAAAAACCAAGAAACAUAUUAUUUUCUCUAAAAUAGAAACAGCACAAGACAUACUUGCAAACUUGAAUUUGGUCUUCAGUGAUGAAGACAAUAAUGAACCGCAUACUUUUGAAAAACAAUCAACAUCGCCAUCGUCUUCAGAUGAAGAGUCACGAGAAGCAAGUUCAUCCAAGGUAAAAGGAAACAGAAAGAUGACUAACCAUGAAGCAAUGGAAGAAAAACGUAUAAUUCAAAGCGAAUCGCAGAGAAUGAAACGAGAAACGUCAAUUGAUGUUCCAUACCAUCGAGCCCGAGCCCGCACGUUUGAAGAAUUCCUUGCGCGAAAAGCUAUAUGCAGAGCUGAUACACCGAAUAACUGCAUGCCCAAAACAAAAUUGCGAGAUAUGUCGAUGAAAAUGACGCCAGAGCAACUGGAAAGGUUUGCACGCCACUUGAAGGAGCGAGAGGAGGAAUCCAAAAAAUUUUAUCAGCCGGAAAUCGAAAUAUCGGAUAAAGAACCGGAACAAAACAGGAUACCGAAUCAAAUUCGUAAAUCAAUCGAUCUGCCACAAUUGGAUGCAGCGACUGAGAGGACAGCCAGCGAAGAUAAAACGAUACCAAGUUCUUCCGAAGAACCAUUGCAAAAGUCGACUAUUGAUGUGAAUCCUUUGAACAUACAAACAAAUGAUCCAUUGGUCACAGAAGUAAUAUCCAAUGCCGAUGAAAGCGAUGAUCAAAUACCGGGAAUCAGCAAACAGACACAGAACGACACAGAAAAUCAAGAGCAAACUCAAAAUGGUACGGAAAUAUGUGGACAAAACAAAAAACGUGCAGUGGACUAUGACGUUUUUAUGGAUAAACCAGAAACUCCUGCAGCUACCGCUCAAAAGAAUCGAUUGUUAGCAACGCUCGAAAUAGCAUCUCCUCCUCGCUUAAGAAAUCCGGGAACGACAAUAGAACUUGACGGUGAUGACUCACAGCCCAAACCCCUUUCCGGCAUAGACAUUCUUUUUGAAAGACUGGCCAAAUGUGGAGGUGGAAAGCAAAACAUAGCUUCUCCAGCACAGGUUGUCAGCAUCUUAAGCUCUGAUAGUGGCGACCUGAAACUGAACAAUGUGUCAUUACGCGCAAAUGAUGAGCAGCAAAUUACUGCUAAAGAUUCGAUUAUACCCGGUGCAGCAAUGUUUAAAGUGCAACAAAUUUUGAAGGAAAAGAUAGAUACUGAUCGGCGUGAGGCAAUUAAAAAACGUGAAGAAGAGUGGCCCAAAAACCUUGAUGCUGAAAACGCGGAAAACAGUGAAGCAGAACAGGAAGAAGAGCUUUCGGACGAUUAUGGAUCGGAAACGUCGGAAGAUGAAGGAUACGAUGUUACUGGCCAACAUACAAGUGCCGUAAAUCAUGAAGAGUUAAACAACGAUGACGAGUAUUCGUCAUCAAAUUCCAGUUCUGAGGAGAAUGAAGAAGACAAAUGUGAAGAAUUUAUUGCAUUGCGAAAAACCGUUAAAAAAAAGAGUCGAAUUGUUGCUUUCCAAGAUUCGGAGGACGAAGCCGAUGAUCCAACGUUGAAGCCGUAUGAAAAAGUGUUUGACCAAACAAACAAGACUCCUACAAAAGAAACUGCUUUAGAAACAGAAUUUAACCAAACUUUUGGGGAACAAGACGAUAACGUGAUAUUGCAUUGGAAAGAUGACGAGGAAGAAAAUAAUGGUAAUGAUGUAUCAGAAGAUGACCUAAUGGCCUUAUGUUCGGGAGGAUUUACCACGCAGUCAGGUCCAGAUAACCAAUCUUUACCUACAACGCAGAAAGAGUUGCCUGAAAAUCAAACUAAAAAAAACCUGCAACAAGCUUCCCACGUACUUUACACCCAAGCCGAUCAACUUGUGGGAGAAUCACAACUAAUGGAAAUCUGUUCGGGAAGUUUUGAAACACAAAAAAACGUGCAAAUCCAGGAAAAUUCAGUUGAGUCAAGCCAAAUAGCAGAUGCUACUAAAAAGAACUCGUACCAUAAUUUGGAUAGAAAAAUGCGACUUGAGUCUUCAGCCGAAUCAGACAACAGUGAUAGCGAUUGCGUAAGAAAAGUGAGAAAACGUCGUAAGAGAAAACACUUGCACAUAUCGGAUGAUGAUGAAGAAGAAACGGAACAAGAACAAGCAGAUGAGUCUGGAGCAACAGAUAAAAAAACGAUAAGUGAGGAAAAAUCUUCCACCAAAAUCUCAAAUACGGCAAUGAAUACUUACUUUGACUACGAUUCAGAAGAAAAUGAAAUAGAAGUUACACUGCCAAAGAAGGAUGAAAAACAAAUGGUGAAAAACUUCGUAGAAAUUGAAGCUGAGCUGUCCGAAUCGGAGUGGGGUAGUGCAGACGAAGAUGAAAAGGGCCUCGAUCAGUACGAUAUCGAGAUGGGCGAUGAAGAUCAGUACGACCAGAACCAGUUGCAGCAGGAAUUGGGAAAACUACACCAUCUGCAAAUGCUAGAUCGAGAUCAUAGAGAAGUGGAAAAACUGAAAGAAAUUUACAUGGAAGAUGAAGAAAACGAAAACGUCUGGGUAAGACAAUUUAGAUGGAAAAAUGCAGAAAAUACCAUCAAUUUGGAUUAUGAUAAAGAAACGCAUGAAAAUGUAAACGAAGAAGAAAAUGAAGAGGCUAACGAUGAAGAAACCGAACUGAUGUGGCGGAAAAUGAGACAUGAACGGGACACAAUGCUUAAGGAGAAGAAUCUAGACUUCAACGACACCAAUUUUCCCGCUGCUGUGUUGUUGAACACUGCCGAUAUAACAAAUGUAGCGAGCGGGCGAGAAAAUAAUCAAUCCAUGUCCAUGCCAAACAUGGUUGGGAAGAAACGAUUGACUAUUGUUAAAAAACAGUCCACAACCCCUAGUUCUACAAAGGAAGAAAAACCUUUCCUGAUCUCCAGUUCCAGCAUCGUACAGGGCAGCAAAGCAUCAUUUUUAACUCGCGAUGAAAAAAUGCUCAAUAAGCUUGCCGAUUUGAUCAAAUCAAAUCCAGAGACCGAGAGUAGCACCGCAGUAGUUCCCGCUAAGAGUAGAAAUUUUGUUUUCGCUGCUCUAAGCCCAGCAAUCGAGAAGACUGCAAAACGUGUGCUUGAUCCGAAAGAAGCCGAGGAAUGGAGUGACGCAAAAAAAGCCAAAACGUCGGGUAACAAACCAGAUGCAAAACAAAGUUUAUUUCUUGAUUCUUUAAUGUGAAUAUCGGAAAUGUAUAUGAGAAAAUCCCUCGUAAAUAUGUCAAUAUGUCAAACGGUUGGGAUAAUCAAAACGAGUUGUAAAAACACAAAAAUGAUGAAUCU